AUGUUGACCCAGCGAGAGAAAACCGUGGUUUCUACUGCCGUCAUAGCAGCCGUAGGUGUCGGUGUACUGUUCGUACUAUCACGCUACCGCCGUGGCAUUAUGAGUCGGCUGAGGGCACUGAACCAACGGGAUCCGCUUCGUGGACAGCAGGUGCACAUCAUCAAUACGACCGAUGACUGUCGCAUAAUUGUGGAGAAGCUACAAAGACACUGCAAGGAGUACAAUGUGCUAGGAUUCGAUUGCGAAUGGGUCAGCUAUCAGGGAAAGAGACGACCGGUAGCCCUGCUUCAACUCGCCUCCCAUCGUGGCCUCUGCGCCCUGAUACGGCUGUCUAUGAUCAACAGGAUACCACAGGAACUAUACGAUCUUCUAAAUGACGACAAUAUUAUCAAGGUAGGGGUGUCCCCGUACGAAGAUGCGCGCGUACUACGGGAAGAUUACCGGCUGAAGGUGGAAAGUACGCUCGAUUUGCGAUAUAUGGCAGAACAGGCUGGACUGGAGCCGCUCGGAAUAGCGCGUCUGGCCAACGAGGUGCUAGGAAUAACGCUGGACAAACAUUGGAAAAUCCGGUGCUCCGAUUGGGAGACGCCGGAGCUGUCCGAAAGACAAGUUAAGUAUGCUGCCAGCGAUGCCCACGUGGCGGUGGAGAUGUUCAAAAAACUAUCGUACAAACUAGUCCCUCACUACCCAUGGACAAGCCGAAAGGUAGUGCUUGAACAGGUGUUGGAGGAAAUGGAUUGCUUCAUGGACCAACCGCACAAUAAUCGCAGAUCUAAACCGGGAGGAAGCUCCAAAGCGAAGAAGUUACUCCAAGCCCAAAAUAAUCAGAAAACGAACAAACGAUACCACUCAACACGCUCGAAGCCACUGUACCACAACUGUUUGAUGCAGGCUCCUGACGGUGAGCUGCUGUGCACGUGUGAUCGACGCAAGGCGGAGUGGUAUGUCCAGCGUGAGCUUGGUGAUCUUGUGAGCGAGGAUCCGUACACGGUGCGGUUGCGGUUUGAGCCCGCCGGCCGGGCAGUGGAUGAGGCUGGGAAAUACUAUCUGCAAGCGAAAGAAAACAUAUGUGUGGUGUGUGGGGCAAAAUCAAGCUUCAACCGCAAGAACAUUGUGCCGCGAGACUAUCGUAAACAUUUUCCUGUAGUAAUGAAAGAGCACGUUUCGCACGAUGUGCUGCUGUUGUGUGCGGACUGUCACCAGAGAAGCAGCCUUUGCGACGAACGACUGCGCCAGGAAUUAGCCGAGCUGUGUAAUGCACCUCUUCCGGGUCAAAAGAAUGGUUCGAAGGAGAUUCGCAUUGAGUCCAUGGCGGAGAUUCGGAAGGCAGCACGUGCUCUGCUGAAUAGUGCCGCAAAGAUUCCUCCAGAACGGAAACAGGUACUCGAGGAGCGACUACUAUCGUUACUGAACAGUUUGGGAUCCGAGGCCACGGGAGAAACGGGUCUGUCCGAUACAUUGACCGGACCACAAAUCACGGAGCUCACACAUACCUUGCUGGAAGAGUACAGUAACAUUGAUGUAUCGGUUCGCAACGAGCUGUAUUGUGCGCACGGUGAGCGUGUGGUAGAGCACUUCAAGAAGACUCCGGGAGGAUUAAUGCAGCUGGAGCGCAGAUGGCGGGAACAUUUCCUCGACACAAUGCGUCCAAAGCAUUUGCCACAGCUUUGGUCGGUAGAUCACAACUACAAACGACUUGAAAUCCGUGCCGUCGAAGGGAGAGUGAAUGUUGAGGAUCUCGCGAUUGCCGGCAUCAGCCUCAAUUCUUCACCUUCGACCUCGGCAACAUAUUCGAGCCGAUCGUACAGCUUUACGAACAUCUCACAUACCAACGGGAGCCGUACGAACAGUGGCAUUGGCACCACAGAUAAUCCUGCAACAUCGACUCGAUUUUACUCGAAUGAACAAUCGCAAAGCACUAACGGACACACCGGCACUAUAACGGGCGCUUCGCCCUACACAACACAGUACAAAUCGAUUGUUCAGCCACGACCCGACGCUCGAUGGUCAAUGGGAACCGAUGACACAACGUCCGUCGAUCCGACACAGUUUAAAACGAUCCACAACCAAUCAACGCUUCCGCACUAUACCGAUCAGGGCGCAGCGGGACCGUUUCUACAGGUAGACAGCGAACCGGCAACGGAGCGAGAUUUUGCAUCGCUUCAGCUCACUUACGAUAGUGACGAUUCCAACUCGACCCUUUCGCAACCGUCGUCUACGCUGCUCAACUCCAACGGUGUGUUCCCGGAUGAGGAGGACGAGGAUGACGAAGAAGCUGACGAGCGUUGUUUGAACGCGGUUGACAGUCUUGCGACCGAUAGUUCUUCCUCGUCCAAUGCGGCCAGAGCAAAUCAAGGCGAACAUCAGGCCACUGCACGCAGUCACCAGAUGGCUUGA